AUGGAUUCUUCUUCAGUUCAACAGUCUAUGGCGGGUCCUGGCGAUUCGUCACUUUCUCCAUUAACUACUUCCCCAACUCCUCUCCCCACCCCCACCUCUGUCAUUACGGGCUCCCCCUUUCUUAAUGUGGCAAAAGAAUAUAGCUACUUAAUUUUGAUACAGGAGAUUGAGGUUGCCGAGGAAGAACAAACAGGAGUCGUCGACCAAGAAUACGUGGAAGAACUUUUGGUGAAAUUGGAAAGGGCGGGCGAGUUGUGCCUCGAUUUGGUUAUGGGGAUUUAUUACCUAAAAUAUUCUGGCACGGCUCACGAAACCAACCCGCACGGUGCGAAAAUAUGGGAUUCAGGCCAAGUAGCGAGAUCGAUGAGGCUCUUACGAGAGACUUAUGAAUAUCUGGACCCGGUCGGUUAUCGGGAUGACUUGUUCGCGGUUCGCUCUUUGGGGGUGGAAGCUAAAGAUGAAGUGAAAAGUAUGUGUUCGGUGGCGGAUUUAUCAACGGUGGUUGAUGAUGCAGGUUCGAUUGGCUCGGGAAUGGGAAAGGAAAAGGAAAAGGAAAAGGAAAAGAAAAAGAAAAAGGAAACGCGUUAUGAAGCGUGGGUUCUUCGCUAUGUACCUGCUCACGUACGAGUUGAAUCGUGUUACAAAUGGUUGGGCAUUCGGUACUUCAGCCGGACAAAGGAGGUUCCUGAAGAAUGGUCAUUCGAGCCUCUAGCAUCGCAUCCUGCUGAGAUUCAAGGGUUGAGACAUAGGUUCAUGGAUGCGGCGAGGAAUAAAUUUCAUGCAUGUGGCUUGCAGGUGGAAAUUAUGGCUGGUGGUGAAUUAGAAAAGCGGAUGCAAGAGAAUUAUUUGAAGGAGGUUGUGAGGAGAUUGGGGGAGGUGGCUGAGAGGCGGCUUUUGAGAUUGUGUGUAGAGAGGGAAGGGGGUACAUGUACGGGUAGUGGGGUUGAAGAUGUGGAUGUGGAUGUGAAUGUGAGGAGGAAGUGGGGGGUAGUGUCCAUUGAGGCGAGGGUGCCGAGGGGGCUUUUUGAAGAAACGAGAAGGAUGCGGGUGAAGGGCUGGGGAGGGAGGAAGGGCUUGGCUGGGAGGGAGAGGGUGGAGUGGGUUGUUGUGGUUGGUGGGAGUAAGAGGGAUGUGGUGGGUUUGGAUGGGGAUUCUUGGGAAGAGGAGAAGAAGUUUGGGGGUGGGAGUGCGGAAAGAGGAGGUGAAGAGAGGGAUAAGGGAAUAAAUAAGGAAGUAAAGAAAGAUGAAAAGAAAAGAGAAAAUAAGAAGAGAGAGGAAGAGGAAACAACAGGAAAGGAGGAGGCGGAAAGAAGAAUCAAGGUUUUGAUGGAAAAGCUCUAUGUUGUAGGAAAUAGCAAAGAGAAAAAAGAGAGAGCCGGGGAAAUCAAUUAA